AUGGUUCUCCGCAAAUUUGAACUCGAGGGCAAGCUUGGCGAAGAGACUCGACUCAUCGAGAGUGGCGUUCUUCUCGAAGAGAAUCCUCUCGACGAGAGCCCUGAGUUCAAUGAAUUCCUCAUGGCGUGUCGACAUGGCGAUCUGAAGAGAUGUCAAGAGCUCAUCAGUCAGGGUGUGAACAUCAAUGGCAAGGAUCGUUUCGAUUACACGCCUCUCAUCAUUGCAAGUUUAUGCGGUCACUAUGAGCUUGUCCGGCUAUUAUUAGAAUCUGGCGCCCUAGCAGAAAGAAAUACUUUCCAAGGGGAACGAUGCAUCUACAACGCCCUCAAUGAUCGCAUCCGCAACCUUCUCCUUCAAUAUGACUUCUCCAAGUCCUCAGAUCCUUAUGUCUACUGGUCAACUCACAUUUCAACUCUUCUUGGCCGUACAAGUCCCAAAACAACAGAUAUCACCCUUGUUUCAGGCUCCCGUUCUUUCGAUCUUCACAAAUUCAUCCUCAUAGCACGGUCACCCUAUUUCCGUGCCAAACUUGCUGCUGUCCCAGAUACUACCACAUGGAAACUUGCCAGCGCUGUACCUGUGCAGUCUUUCAUCAUUGUCUUGAGAUAUCUCUACUUGGGCGAGGUUCCUCGUGAUAUCGCACCUGUGGGUGGUGCCGACUCUGAAGAAGAAGUUUUCAAGGGCUUAGACAAGGUCAGCAAGCAGCUCGAAGUUGAAUCUCUAUGGGAGAAUAUUCUCGCAGGCGGAGACAGGAGACUUGCUCGCCAGCGGUAUCAAUCCGAAGUUGACCGGGCUCGAGGACAGUUCGAAACUUUCUUCAAACUAAAUGUCCUCGGACUCAAAAUGGUUGUUGAUACGGACCAGGUGAAAGAUAUCAAGUGGAAGUAUGACAACUCAAUGUUUGCAGAUGUCAUCCUUCGCGCUGAUGAGCCCAUCGAUAUCGAGGAUGAAAAGUCUGGUCAGACGACGCCAACAAGAGACGUCCCUACUAUACCUAUUGGCCCAGCCGGAGACCAAGAAUCAAUCAUCAAACGCAAAUCAGUCCUUUAUCCCGCCCACAAGGCGAUGCUCAUUCGCAGCGAGUACUUUGAGAAGAUGUUUUCGGGCGAUUUCGUCGAGUCCAAACGAGAUCAGCAUCUCCGAAUCAUCACCGUCGAUUGCACGCCCGCCGUUCUUGAAAUCAUCCUUACUUACCUCUACACCGAGACUGUCAGCUGUCCCCUUGAGCACGCUUUGGACCUAUUAUAUGCUGCAGAUAUGCUGUUCCUCGAUAAUCUUAAGAGUAAAGCUGCUCUGACCAUCAGCACGCUUGGUAGCGGUACCUCCAAUGUGCUGGUAGACCGCACUCAUGGUGAGGCGCAAAGAAUUGGCGAGGCAGCUGAGGAGGACGAACAAAUAGAGAUGGAGCCCGUCAACAUUUAUGACGUGAUACACGCAGCGUGGGAUCUUCGUGUCCAGCGGUUGGAAGAAUUUGCUGCGCGUUAUCUUGCUUAUCGCUUAGAGGACUACAUAGAUGAGGAAGACUUCCAAGCUCUCAUUGCAGAGUCUGCCCAACGGAUCACUGUUCGAGAAGAGACAGAUACUAUCGAAUUGCUGGACGAUAUUCGGUAUUACCUGGACGAUCGAUUUCGAUAUCGCUUUGAGGAUGCAGGUCUGGAAGACAUGAUGGAUGAGGAGGGAGAGAUCGAUGCAGAAUUAGCUGCUGCGAUGGCACAACAAGCUGAGAUAUCGACAGAUGCUGCAGACGGCGUUUCUACUGAUACUAAAACCACGUUUAAGAAGGAGAACGACAGGAAUGGACAAGCCAAUGGUGGAGGUGCCGUGAGAACGUUAGAUGGAGCGGAAGCAGAGGAUGAGUUUGUUUCAGACGCCAUCAACUACCAGAUCCUACAAGGCAAGAUCGACGCUAUGCUUGACCGACUCAAGCUUGAUGCAUAG